AUGGUGUUUUUUGCAUCGAAAUUACGCUUUGUACAGCUCCUUUUCGUCCUAUUCUGGGUCUUUUUCUUCCUCUUCAAGCUACGACCGAGCAUAACCGCCCCCGUCCAGCAGGUCUGGGGCGACCGGCAUGAUCGGGACGACUUCGAUGCCAUCAGAAACGAAACCCUUGGGUUUCAAAAAGUCUUCGCCAUCAACCUUGUCAGCCGGCCCGACAAGCGGGACAACAUCGUCCUAGGCUCAUCCCUCAGCAAUUUCCACGUAGAAUGGAUCAACGGCGUGACUCCAGAUGAAGUAGAUGCUAAAUCCUAUCCAUAUAACUGGAACUAUGACCAUAAAACGACCGAGUACGCGGCCCGACGGGCGCAUGUCAACGGACUCCAACGAAUUGUACAGGAGAGAUUAGGGAGUGCUAUCAUUAUGGAAGACGAUUCAGACUGGGAUGUAUCAAUCAAAGUCCAGCUUCAGAGCUUCGCCCACGCAGUCCGAGCCCUCCAGCUCCAGAAAGCUCCGUCUCAGUCACCAUACGGCGAUGACUGGGAUAUCCUAUGGCUAGGACACUGUGGCAUUUCAUGUAAAACUAAUUUGCCAUUUUACCUUGCCCCAAAUGAUCCAACUAUCCCAAUGCCCCACCACUUUCUUCCCCAGUGGCGCGACCCUCCGGUAUUCGAGGGUUACGAGAGACCUGACCACAGUCGACUUGCGUGCACAGCAAACGAUGCAGUCUGCUCAAUGCUUUAUGCCGUGAGCUAUAAGGGUGCACAGCGGAUUCUCGCGGCCCUUUCGGUUAACCCGUCUGGUCUUGCGGAAGAAAUUGAUAUUGGCGCGCAGUUUGACGUAUCACUUGGGCGUAUGUGCGGUAAUGGUUAUUUGCGGUGUUUUGCACCUUACCCUUCUAUCACGGGCGGCUUCCAUCAGGCAGGUCCAAAAGCAAAGUUUUCUGAUAUCCACAAUGAUGAGAGCGGCGAGGAAGAAGGCUUUUUCAGCUGGGGAGUGAUGUAUAGCACAAUGCUCAAUAUCAACCGUAUCCUGAAGGGAGAACAGACCGUUCAUGCGACAUGGGGCGAUGUGGAUGUGUUGGAUGUCGUUCCUGAAGACAUCACAAUGGAGAAGGGGGCUAUUUAUAUUCCUAAGCACAUAGACUGA